AUGUUCGAGGCCAAACUCGCAAACGCUGGACUUCUCAAGAAAAUCGUCGAAUCGAUCAAGGAUUUGGUCACCGAUGCACCAUUUGAUUGCUCCGAAACUGCUAUGAGUCUUCAAGCCAUGGAUUCGUCUCAUGUCGCUUUGGUUUCGUUGAAGUUGGAGGUGCGUUUUCAAGCUCUACAUAUCAAAAACUACUUGAAGCCCUCUUAUGACGUGGCAAAUCGUCACAUUUCCACUUGUUCAUAACGAUCCCAUAGUCAAAUUCUAUUCAUCUCAAUUCUAAAUUUGAGUUUAUGACGUGGCAAACUUCGAGAAACAUCCAUUGAACUUUGCCAUGUCAUAACUUGUAAGUAGAAUUUGACUAUUGGAUCGUUAUGAACAAAUGGAAAUCUACUAAAAAAUGUGAAAAUGUUCACGUCACAACACGUAGUUUUUAUUCUGCUGCAUAAUUUUUUCAAAAAAAUUUAAUUUCAGGUCGGUUUGUUCGACACCUACCGAUGCGACCGUACCAUCAAUUUGGGACUCUCAUUGGCCAAUAUGUCAAAAGCGUUGAAAUGUGCCAACAACGACGACACAUGCAUGUUGAAAUACGAGGAAAACGAGGGCGAUUCGAUCGUGUUCACUUUUGCCGAUCCAAAACGCGACAAAACUCAAGAUGUUACUGUCAAAAUGAUGGAUAUUGAUAGCGAACACUUGGGAAUUCCGGAUCAAGAAUAUUCGGUUGUUUGUGAGAUGCCAGCUGCCGAGUUUCAAAAGACUUGCAAGGAUUUGGCCACCUUCUCGGAUUCGUUGAACAUCACUGCGACUAAGGUAAGGAUUUUGGGGAAGUGGUAAUUAAUUUUGGGACUGCGGCUGGGUUAAAAAAAACACAAAAUGUUUUUUUCAGUCUGCAAUCGUUUUCACUGGAAAAGGAGAUAUUGGUUCAUCAGUGGUGACAUAUUCUCCAUCUUCUUCAACAGAUGAUGAAAAUGAAGCUGUUUCAUUGGAAGUCAAAGAUCCAGUCAAUGUCAAUUUCUCAAUCAAAUAUAUGAAUCAAUUCACAAAAGCCACAACUUUGGGUGAUCGAGUUCGUCUUUCGCUUUGUAAUGAUGUUCCAGUUGUUGUUGAAUAUCCAAUCGAAGAUAAUGGAUUUUUGAAGUUCUAUUUGGCACCAAAAAUUGAUGACGACGAAAAUAUGGAUUAA